AUGGCAGAAAUUUCUUUCCAAGGGAUGUUAGCAGAAGCUGUCGAAAACCAUCCUUGCCUCUAUGAUUUCCACCUAAAGGAAUACAGCAAUAGGGAUAAAGUACAAGGAGCAUGGCAAUCGGUGGCACAAGAAUUGAACUCAUCAGCGAAGGAAUGCAAAGAGACUUGGAGAAACAUGAGGAUAGUAUUUACCAGGAAUAUUAAAUUACCCCCGUCUGGUGCCAAGGCCAAAAAGAAACCAUGGCCUCUUCUACAAACUAUGCUGUUCCUGAAACCGUAUGUGACUGUGAAAGGGAACGACUAG